AUGGGGAUGCCAGGCCCGUUAAAAGGCUCCAUUCCUGCUCUUUAUGUGUUUGGAGAUUCUUUACUUGACAGUGGAAAUAAUAACUAUUUGAACACGAAAGCAAAAGCAAAUUUCCCGCCAUUCGGGGUAGACUUCAUCGACCACGUUGCUACUGGUCGAUUUACCAAUGGGAGGACUAUGGCGGAUUUCAUUGCUCAAUUAACUGGUUUGCCAUUUCCUCCCCCGCUAUUGAGUUUCUCUAAGGGCGAAAAUAUCACAACUGGAGUCAAUUACGCAUCUGGGUCCAGUGGAAUUCUUCAUAAUACGGGAAAAAGUGAAGGCACCUGCCUAUACUUUGACAAACAAAUUGAUCUGUUUCAAACUACAAUUGAAGUUGGGUUGAAGCUACUCUUCAAGAAGCCUGAAGAACUUUCUUCCCACUUGUCAAAGUCACUAUUUUUAAUUGACGUUGGGAGCAAUGACUUGCUUGGAUUUCUAAGAAACCUGGGUCCGGCGGUGUUAGCUAACCCAACAGUUCUCUUUGGGUUCACUCAAAGUCUCUCCAAUCAUCUCGCGGAUCGAUUGCAGAGACUAUACAAUCUGGGUGCACGAAAGUUUUUGGUGGUGAACAUCGGUCCCAUAGGGUGCACCCCAGGAAUGCUAAGCAUGAUGGGCAAGUCGUUCAGUACAACAUUACAGUCAGAGUGCUUUGAAGGGUUCAACGCCUUCCUCGACAUGUAUAACUCCAAGCUCCCUUUAUUAUUGAAGAAGCUUCAAUCCACCCUUUCCGGAUCUGUGUUUGUGCAUGUCAAUGCCAAUAGGAUGACCUUGGAAACUUUGCUCAAACCGACCAAAUUUGAUAUGGCACCAGACAGUCGACAUUGGAGAAAUCCUUUCAGGCAGAUGGGUACAUCGCAUGAGGAUGACCCGACAUCCUCCUCCAGAUUGGCAAACCCCGUCGGUCCUGAUGUGGCAGCACCAUUCGUGAUCUCGAGACUGGCGCAUAGGAGCUGCUGCCGGAUCUAUAUCAGAGAACACACCAAUGACGAUCGGGGGAGUGGUGCGAGGAUGCGCAGGACCGACAUGUAA